AUGAUACUGCCCUAUAGAGGGUCUUCGAAUAAUGAAAGAAGUGAAAGCCCCGAGCCAGAUGAUAAUGUGUCUCCAGAGCCCCCUGAUCGACUACCGGGAAAGGUCCGCCAAGUGCAUCCCGAGCAAAAAACGCAAAUUCUAGCCUAUGACUCCACGUACAGAAAGAGAAAUAAACCAAAAUCGCUGCCAUUAGAAGAUAAUCAAAUGUAUAAUCAUUUAGCGAAUUCCAACGUGGCCAUGUCUCCCGUAUACCCGUUGACUCCAAAUAUUUGUGUGGAAGGUGGAAAAAUAGAAUUCAUAAAGUCGCCCCCUAGCGGCAGAAGUAGUUUGGCUCUGGGUUCCCCUCCGCAAACGCCUCUAGCGACGCGGCGCGGCUCUAAAGAUAAACGUGACUUCCGCGCAGGGAGCGACGAACCGGAGAAGUUCGACGGUGAUAAGGUAGGUGGCGCUGUAAACAAUACUUUACAUAUAUAUUUACAGGUAUUUGUUUGA